ACAAUUUGGGUUCCUUGUUUUCACGCCCUUUUAAGGUUUCAACUCUCAUCAUCUCCAAAGAAUCCUUUGCAGAAGCAAACCUCCGCGUCUCCGAACUCAACCAUAAUCGCAAUUUCAUUCCAGCCGCAUCAAUUGGUUUUCUUCGACGGUGGUGGAAUUCAUCUGCGCGUGUCUGUAACGCUAUCUCACCCUUUUUCUCUCUCAUCUAAAAAAUGGCAACAGCAACGGCCGCAUCCAAGGUCGAAAACCCUAAAAAGCCUCUAGCUCAUCCUCAGCCUCAGCCUCAGCCCCAGCCUAACCCUUCCGACCCUAAUUCAUCGCCUCGCUCCGAAGAUGUUCCUCCACUCACCACCACUCACGCACCAUCGAAUGCUUCAUCUGGCGGCGGCGGAGGCGAAACCAAGGCUGCAGCGACGGGAAGCGAGAACGCUGCUGCCGGUGGUGCCGCGACUGACAUUCAGAAGAAGAUUCGUAGAGCCGAGAGGUUCGGAAUGGCCGUGCAGUUAUCCGAAGAAGAAAAACGAAAUUCUCGAGCCGAAAGGUUUGGCACAGGGACUGGUUCUCAUGGAUCAGAAGCAUCGAAGAAAUCAGAGGAGAACAAGAGGAAGGCCAGAGCUGAAAGGUUUGGGCUUGCUCAAUCUACUUCUGCUGACGAGGAGGCGAAGAAGAAAGCUAGGCUUGCAAGGUUUGCUCCGGCUUCUAAACCUGAUUCAGUGGAGGAAGAUAAAAAGAAGGCCAGAGCAAUCAGAUUUUCGCAAAAUCAGUCUACCUCCUUAGGACCAGCUAAUGGGGAGGGAAACAUAGAGACAGAGGCAGCUGUUUUGAGCAAGGCUGGUGGAGGUCCAUGAAUUCUUUUUACCUAUCCCUUUUGCAGUGAGUGUAUUGACAGGCUAAAGCUUUAACAUCUUGUUACCCCCAGUAGCUUCACCUUUGGACUUCCAGACAUAGCACUUCCAGUUGCAGAUCAUCUUUUGUUCCAGUGUUGUUUGUAAUUCGUAGUUGGCUAUCACAUUAGUUUGUGUCUAUCUGGUAAGACGUGGUAUAUGUGAAGCAACCUUCAUCACAUUGAAAUAACUCAAAUGAUCAACUUCAAACAGAAGUUUAAGCUUUAGAGAAUUUUUCCUACAUGCUUGAUCUCACCUGUUUGGUUGUGUCUGGAACUUUAUUUUCUAUUAAGUUUCUCCAGAACUUGUUUGUUUAUAUUUGGUCUGUUGUGCAUGAUAACCUUCUUGUUGACAUUUCUACAACCAUCUCAUGACCAUCGUCUCAGUCUGAAGGUGCAUAAAGGUCUGACUGGGUUUGAAAUAUGAUAUUAGAUUGGCAUUUCACUUAGCUGAUUUAACAUUUUCCUACAUAUAAAAUUGUGUUCCAUCUCAUGUCUAGCUCUUCUGCAUGGAUUUGAACAUUAUUAAUAGACUCAUCAUGCAAUUGGUCAAUUGGCUCUGCUUUUAUUAGUCAAAAUUUUGUUCCUUAAAAGCUGCAUAAUAGUUUUCUAAAUCAAUUUGCAGGUAUGUAGUUUGUUCUAACUUCUUAUAAUUAGUAACACUAGUUAAUGCUGCUAUGAAGUGGUGCAUGUUAUAUAACUUUGUCAUGGUCUAAAGAUAUCUUUCUUAUCUUGUAGCAUAUGUUAAGCAUAGGACAGCUGAGCAUGGGUUUUUGGUUCAUCUUGAGGUAGAGAGCACAAAUGAAAUUGCGACGUUAGGUCUGUGUCUGUUUGUAUGUUGCUGUGGUAUUCUCAGUGUCUUUUACAGUAAUUGUGUUAAUCGCAGUGUUCCAACCUGAUCUCGCAAUUAUGAUGGGUGACUUCUGCUUGAUAUAAUUGGACAGAUGGCUCGUCUGUUUUCUUCUUGCUAGUCUUGAUUUUAUAGGGUUAUCUAUUCCUACUAGACUAUGAUUUGGCUGUUAUAAAUUUUUAGAUUGGUCAUUUGAGAUAAAUUCGUGUGUCGAAGGUUGCUUGUUAACUACCAUUGUCUUGCCAGAUGGUCGCGCCAUAGUGGAAUCUAUAGGAAGGUUUAGAUGAUUUCAAGUUGUUUUCUUUCCUCCUCUUUAUGUUUUUUUGGUAGUCUUUUUUCUAUAUUUGCUUUUUGUAAUAUGAAUUUUCAGGGGGACUAUGUAAGAGCUCUUUGUGAUCUGUGAAACUUGGCUUCCUGGGCUUAUUAUUCAGAUUUUCCAAUCAUUCUACUA